CUUGCCUGUGUCUACGACCCCUGCCCUGAUAUCCCUUGCAACCAAGCGCAUUCUUAUUCCGAAAAUGAGCUCCUCAUCCACUCCGCGCCAGCAGCGGAUCCAGUUCAUUCUGGGAUUGACAGACAAUCAAGAGUCGCGCGUUACGCGCGGUCAGUUGCCGGACCUAGCCCUGGUCAGAGAGGACAUCGCGAGAGUGCCCGGUCUCGAAGAGAGCGUGUCAAUGACACCCGCGGACGACGUCAUUUUCCUGCAAAAUUCGCGGACUGGGGAGAUUGUACGCGACCCGAUUCCGCGAUCGCUCGUGUUCAACGCCGAGCUACACAAGCUUUUCAAAUACAGCUUCCUCAUCCACCUUGAUGACGUUCCCAACGACAUCCUCGAAUCAGUUGUCUGGGCGUUAGAGCAAUUUGUCGACGUUCUGACUGAAUGCACGGACGCGCAGCUCGUCGCAUUCGGGCAUAUAGUCCGAGCAGAGGACAGUUCGUCCAACAGCAAUGGCGGGCGGGCUGUCACACAAAGCCGGUUGACAAACAAUGGGAGACUGUUUAUGCGUCUACAAGCGAAAGCCAAACUCACGAUGCUUCUACUGAAACCGGAACUCAACCGACCCGGGGACGCCGCCAAAUUUAUCCAAGAGAUCAUCGAAUAUGUUUGCUCGAAUAAUUCGGGCGGUCAAAUCCUCAGGACACAGCGCGAUCUCUUGUUAGUCUUCGCAGAAGCUCUGGCACGCGGCGGCGAGGAUGAUGUGACGGCAGAGACACUGCUCGAGCGGCUCGCCGACUCGCCUGCGUCCAAUGCCGACGGGUUGCUCGGACUUGUGAAAGCAAAGAUCUUCUUGUCUCGCGUUCAACGACGACGCGGAAAGCCGGGUGCCGCGAAGAAACAGGAGAAGUGGCUCGUCAAGUGGUUCAAGAAGAACCCGCACCUCUUGCCUGAGACGAUCCUUCGGGAGCUCCUAAUGCCUGUUGACGAGCCCGUCAGCCCGAUCCUGGAGGCCCUCGGCGGACCCUCUUGGCUGGAAGGCCGUGAGCACACAGACAAAACCGACCACCGCCUCGUUAUGCAAUGUAGGCAGUGCUUCUCUCGGGAACCGAUGGUGAAGCUCUUCGUAUGCUCAAAGUGCAAGAAGAUCUACUAUUGCUCUCGAGAGUGCCAGAAGAAGGACUGGCCGUUGCACAAAGAUGCUUGCAAAGAUAUCGCGGACCUGAACAAGAAAAUCGAGCUCCUCUCCCUGACGAACUCAUCCGCCGCCCAACGAGAGAAAGACUGGAACGCCUGGCGAGACGCUGUCGACCAAUGGCCGUACGUCAACGCGCUGCGGCUGCACGAGAACCCCGACCGCGCGCGCACGCACCUCAUCGUCGAGCAGUCCGUGUACGCACCCAACGCGGGGCCGCUCGCGAAGGACAAGUUCAAGAUCGUCAAGUGCGCCGUAGUCCGCAUGGCGGACGCGUACUCCGAGAUCGAGCGUACCCUGCAGCUUAACCGCGGCGAGGGCCGCGAGUACUGUGAGGGCCUGCUGCGGGACCAGCCUCAGGUCGGGAUUCCCUUGGUCUCCUUCGUCAUCCUGCGGUUCGGUGAAGGUGUCACUGCGUGGCUCGAUCGUGACACGAUUAUGGCCCUGCGAUUCGAACAGACACCGUACAACCGGAACUGGAGAGAGGAAAUUAACAAGGAGAGCCCCCCGACGACACUAGUGCUGGGCAAGGACAUCAAGGAUGCGGAGUUCGAUUGAGUUCAGCCCAGACUCUUCACAGCGCAAAAUCGCCUCGCUGGUGCUUCGACUCAACAGUCGCCUGGCUUUCUGAACUGCAUUGUACAAAGGGGUUUCCGUACGGUAAGCCGCUC